CCGUCAGGAUCGCGCGCACAGCUGACUUACCCGCGGCGGGGGUCGUGUCGGUCUAUUGUAGCCCCACGGGCUCGGCGGACGGCCGAGAAAAACGCGCCACGUGUCGUCGGCGGCCGCGCGCGCUCUCGUUCCGCUCUGUGCGUUGAAAACGUUCGCCUCCGUCAUCCGCGGGAGAAAGAAAAAGAGGAGGGCAGAUGUUGAUCGGGUGUGUGCGUGCGUGCGUGUGUGUGUGUGUGGUGCGUGUCACGCGCGAGGUUCGAGGAUGCAGCAUCUCGGUGGGAAAAGACGCGACGAUAAGCGACGAGGCGGCUGGUGUCGAGAGUGCGCGUCCCGAUAGUGGCGCGAAUACAGUUCGGGGAGAGAGAGGGAGAGUGGUGAAGUGAUUCGAAGAAACGUCUGUUCCCCGGCGCAAAUGGUGAGCGAGUCCUCAGCGAGCGGGAGGACGGCGAGGACUGCGAACGACGGGGACGACGACAAGGACGCGCGGCGGCACGCACGUCCCGGGGUCGCGCGCGUCCCGAAGAGAGCCGGCGAGGGAAGCCCAGCACGGGAGAAAGAGAGAGAGAGAGAGUGAGUGCGGCCCGGAACUUUGGGAAAGCCCGUGCACGAGUGCUCGCGUACUUCGGCGAAAGAGACGGACAGAGAGGGCGAGAGUGUGAGAAAGGGGAGAGGGAGGGAGAGAGAGAGAGGCAGCGGUGAAGAACGAGAGGCCGCCGGAGGUGUAUCCCGUUUGCGAUGCCGCGUCGUGCUGCGUAGCUGCCGUCGGUAUGGCAGAAGACUCGACUGAUUCUUCCUUGCUGACGAGCGCCACCGAAGAAGACUCCAGGAAGCCGGCCCGCAGCCGGUUCCCGACGGAGGGCCGCUUCCCGUACCGGGAAAGUCUGAACUUGAGCGCGCGAUUCGACGUCCGCCAGCACGACGAUGACGCCGCCGGGAGGCGCAGGAGGGGUCGGAGCGACGAGCUAUCGUCGGAAUACACGUCGGAGUUCGACGAUUACGGCAAUUCCUACGGGAGACGGGCCGUUCGUAGCUGGUUGUCGCAGUCUUGCCCGCGGCUCUCGAGGAUCUGCAAUUGGUUCCCGAAGAUGUGCUCUUGCAUCGACGGCAGCUCCACGCUACCAGGCAAUCGACCUUCCGGUCGAGUCGGAAGCUACGAACGGCUCGAUCCCGAUCCGAACGAUAGGGUCGAUACAAUCUUCGAACUCAGCAGCACGAUGCAAAGGACUCGAAGAAGAAACCGACAUCGCGACCAGGACUUGCUUGACAGCGAAAGACAGGAAGAAUUACGGUUCUACAACGGCGAUCACACUUGGACCACUGUGGUCGUGGAGAAGAAUCUGCGAACGAUCGACUUGUGCGAGCUGCUUAAAGUCAAGAGGAACGCGAUUGGCGCCGCCUGGUCGAUAAUCGAGACAUGGCCGGAACUGGGAAUCGAACGAACAUUAGAAGACCACGAAGACAUCCUCGCGGUUCAUAGAGAACUGGAAAUGUUCGCCUCGGGUCACGAGAGGCGGUUCUAUUUCAGCGAGGACUUCCUCAAGUACGAGUUGUUCGUCAAUCCUAAGCAAUUCUUUCCCGCCGACAUGGUCGCAUUUCCCAGCGGUGAGGACAGGGGCAUCUUCAGCAACGUCGAGACCGCACUGAGGAAUUACCUGUCACGAGAGGACGGCGAGUGCCCGCAGGUAUUCAGCCUGGUGUGGAUGCGACACGAGGGCUCCAACACCUGGAAGAAGACGUACAUGUUGCUGCAAGGCCGGAAGCUCUACACGUCGAAAAAAGCUACCGCUACACCGCCGAAACGACCACCGUUACAGCAAUUCGAGUGUGCGAAAGCCUUAAACGACGUCGAAAGCGCCGAAGCUACGACACGACGAGCGGAAAGGAGACAAAGCGACAAGCCGGACGGACAGAUCGGCGGCGGCGUCGACGCGUUCGACCGAAAGAAACGAGCCGCCGAAGAAUAGAGCGCGUGAGCCACGUAGGAAGAAAUUAUGAAGAACCUAUAUAGAGUUUCCGAAGCAGACAGCCCGCAUAUCCGUCACACGCGUACGGGUUCUUUACGAUAAUUCACGCCUUUCUUUGGCGUCAAAACCACCAGUCCCGAACCUCGCAGCGCUAUUGAGAAUUGCGAACAAUCGUGGCGCGACGCGAGAAAGAGAGAGAGAGAGAAAAGGAAAGAGCACGUGAAAUAGAAACCUGCCGUGCUGGCAAAAGAUAGACUGACGUGAACAGCGCGAACGACACGCGGGAGAUUUCGGAAAAAUAAGAAAUCUCCGACCUAGCGACCCCCUCCUGUCUCGCCGAAUACGGUCGGCAUUGUGUGUGUAUGUAUGCUGUUUCAUUUCUUAGAUGGAAAACUCUAGUUUUUCAGCUGUACGCAUAACCGAUAAAGUUGAAAUAUAACUCUAAUUAUAAUAAUAGGGUAAUAUUGACUCUAAUUUUAAUACCUUAUGCAUGUGAAAGGCUAAAAGUUGUGUAAUAGUGGCAAAUUUCCGUCUAGGGAAUGGUACAGCAUACGUGACACCAACUAUACCGCUUAUCUCCGCGUUGCACAGUUGUGUUACAAGACUCUUUCGGAAAAAAAUUGUAUCACUCUCUUAUCACAGUAGCCAGAUUUGUAAUUUUUUCUUUAGUUUAAAAAUAAUAAUUCGUCAAUGAAGAUAGAUGGAAUUUAUUAUUAUUAUUAUACAGCGCAGUUUGUAUCCCAGCCUGAUUCUUCUUUGUUCGGGUAAUCCGCAAAACUUUCAUACAAGAAGCAAAUAUUAUCUUUGAUUAACAGCUCUAAAAGCCGUACCGAAAUAAGAACCGGCAAAAAGAACUGCAAUUCUUGAACUUUUUUGUUUCCGGCAUAAAGUCGACGCAGCCCGAGCUACAUUAACGUACGUAUUAUCGUUGUGCGAAGAGACUUAUAAUUCUACGUAGCCAGAAACGAGAAUAUCGUUCCCGAAAUAUUCCGGGUGAAUUCUGGCACUUCGAUAUCCCUUUAAGACAACCUUAAAUAUAAGAUGAACGGACGUCGGAGUGAGCCUUAGCGCGCACUGCGAGCGGCCGAAUUCGCCGUAACAUUGGUUGGCACGACG